CCUCUUUAUUUUAUUGGGGUAUGCCUGGUAAUAAACAGUAAUAUUUAAUUUGUCGAAGACCACAAACCAACCUCGAGCUGGGAGGUACAUGCGACUCUUGACAGACGCUGGAAGAAGGUUUGACCUAAAAGGAAUAUCUUUUGGGGGCCUUUUUUCAAACUCGUCACUGAGCCCCCCACCCCAGUGAGGCGUCACGCCCGGCUUUUGCACCGGAUAGAAGAGGUGGGAUUUUUGGAGCGCAGGACCCCACGCGGUCACAGGGCCCCGGGCACACCAUGGCCGACGCAGAAGAGGGCUUUGGCCUGGCGCACACACCCCUGGAACCCGACUCCAAGGACCUACCCUGUGACCCAAAGCCGGAGAGCGCGCUGGGGGCCCCCAGCAAGUCCCCGGCAUCCCCGCAGGCCGCCUUCACCCAGCAGGGCAUGGAAGGGAUCAAGGUGUUUCUCCACGAAAGAGAGCUGUGGCUGAAAUUCCACGAGGUGGGCACGGAGAUGAUCAUCACCAAGGCCGGCAGACGGAUGUUCCCCAGUUACAAAGUGAAGGUGACUGGCCUCAAUCCCAAAACGAAGUACAUUCUCCUCAUGGACAUCGUCCCAGCUGACGACCACAGAUACAAGUUUGCGGAUAAUAAAUGGUCGGUGACGGGCAAAGCGGAGCCCGCCAUGCCGGGCCGCCUGUACGUGCACCCGGACUCGCCUGCCACCGGGGCGCAUUGGAUGCGGCAGCUGGUCUCCUUCCAGAAGCUCAAGCUCACCAACAACCACCUGGACCCCUUCGGGCAUAUUAUUCUAAAUUCCAUGCACAAAUACCAGCCCAGAUUACACAUCGUGAAAGCGGACGAAAAUAAUGGAUUUGGCUCAAAAAAUACUGCUUUCUGUACCCACGUCUUUCCUGAGACUGCGUUUAUCGCGGUGACUUCCUACCAGAAUCACAAGAUCACCCAGUUAAAGAUCGAGAACAAUCCCUUCGCCAAAGGCUUCCGGGGCAGCGACGACAUGGAACUGCACAGAAUGUCAAGAAUGCAAAGUAAAGAAUAUCCCGUGGUUCCCAGGAGCACAGUGAGACAGAAAGUGGCCUCCAACCACAGCCCUUUCAGCAGUGAGCCUCGAGCUCUCUCCACCUCAUCCAACCUGGGGUCCCAGUACCAGUGUGAGAAUGGUGUGUCCGGACCCUCCCAGGACCUCCUGCCCCCACCCAAUCCAUACCCCCUGCCCCCGGAGCACGGCCAGAUUUACCAUUGCACCAAAAGGAAAGCAGAUGAAGAAUGCUCCACCGCAGACCAUCCCUACAAGAAGCCCUACAUGGAGACAUCGCCCAGCGAAGAAGACCCGUUCUAUCGCCCCAGCUACCCCCAACAGCAGGGCCUGAGUGCCUCCUACAGGACAGAGUCAGCCCAGCGGCAGGCCUGCAUGUAUGCCAGCUCUGCGCCGCCCAGUGAGCCUGUGCCCAGCCUGGAGGACAUCAGCUGCAACACGUGGCCCAGCAUGCCUUCCUACAGCAGCUGCACGGUCACCACCGUGCAGCCCAUGGACAGGCUACCCUACCAACACUUCUCGGCUCACUUCACUUCGGGGCCUCUGGUCCCCCGGCUGGCUGGCAUCGCCAACCACGGCUCCCCCCAGCUCGGGGAGGGGAUGUUCCAGCACCAGACCUCCGUGGCCCACCAGCCUGUGGUCAGGCAGUGUGGGCCUCAGACUGGCCUGCAGUCCCCUGGCGGCCUGCAACCAUCUGAGUUCCUCUACUCCCAUGGCGUGCCAAGGACCCUGUCCCCACACCAGUACCACUCGGUGCAUGGGGUUGGCAUGGUGCCAGAGUGGAGCGAGAAUAGCUAAAGCGAGGCCUGCUUCCUAAUAGACAUUUGCUAGAGAGAGAGGAGAGAGAGAGAGAGGAGAGAGAGCAGGAGAGAGACAAUAGAGAGAGAGAGAGCAGGAGAGAGAUGGUAGCCAAGAGAACCCCACGGACAAGGUUUUUCAUUUCACCCCACAUUUAUGCCUGCGCUUGAGACCCCCCUCCCCCAGACUCUGAUCUAAUCAGUAGCCUGAAAUCACAGUUCAAAAAAUGUGACUUUGUCAUUUCGUCCCAAAACUUA